GCGGUGCCCGCGAACAUGGCGAAGACGUACGACUAUCUCUUUAAGCUGCUGCUGAUCGGGGACUCGGGCGUGGGGAAGACGUGUGCGCUCUUCCGCUUUUCUGAGGACGCCUUCAACGCCACCUUCAUCUCCACCAUCGGUAUUGAUUUUAAAAUUAGGACUAUAGAGCUGGACGGCAAGAGAAUUAAACUGCAGAUAUGGGACACGGCAGGGCAGGAGCGGUUCCGGACCAUCACCACUGCCUACUACCGGGGAGCCAUGGGCAUUAUGUUAGUCUAUGACAUCACCAAUGAAAAAUCCUUUGAAAAUAUUCGGAACUGGGUCAGGAAUAUUGAAGAGCACGCCUCACCAGACGUGGAGAAAAUGAUUCUGGGGAACAAAUGUGAUGCAAACGACAAAAGACAGGUUUCUAGAGAGCAAGGGGAGAAGCUUGCUGCCAGUUUUGGGAUUAAAUUUAUGGAGACCAGUGCAAAAGCAAACAUAAACAUAGAGAAUGCAUUUUUCACCCUUGCCAGAGAUAUCAAAGCAAAAAUGGACAAGAAGUUGGAAGGCAACAGCCCCCAAGGCAGCAACCAGGGAGUCAAAAUCACACCAGACCAGCAAAAGAAAAGCAGCUUCUUCCGUUGUGUUCUUCUGUGAGGGACACUGCCUUAACCUGAGCCCCUGGCUCAGCUGCACUGGACUUGUGCCUGCUCUGAGUGAGAUCUCCUCUGUCUGUGGAACUUAGCAUUCUCCACCUACCUUUGUCACUCUGUGACCAGCUGAGUAAGAAGCUGUUUAUUUUUUUAGGGACCCCUCUGCCUCUUGGAUUUUGGGAGAGGAUGAAGUUUUUACUCUUGGGUUUU